GUUGCGUUUAAAACAUGGCGGAAAAUUUGAAAGGUUGCAGUGUGCCCUGUAAAAUGUCCUGGGAUGAGUUGGAGGCCCUGUGCCGGAGUGAGAAGCUCUACUGUAAACGCCUUGGAGUGAACAGAGCCAACGUCAAUGAGUACGAGGUGGAAUUCCUCUGCGACUACAAGAAGACUAAGGAGGAGGAGCUGUACUUGGUGAAGUGGAAGGGCUUCCCUGAAUCCGAUAACACCUGGGAACCCAAGAAGAACCUCAAAUGUCCCAAACUGAUGAAGAUGUUUCAUCUGGACCUGGAUCAGGAGCUCAAACGCCAUAAGAGACGAUGCAUUCCUAAGAAGUUAGAUAAGGAGGUUGCCUCGCUCCUCGUUCAGAAAGCGAAGCUCCGCCAGAGCCUGCAGCGCUGGGAGGACCACCUGAACCAGACCCGCAAUCACCCCGGCCGCAUCUACGUCACCAACGACGUGGACCUGGAGGGCCCCCCCAAAGGCUUCACCUACAUCAACAACUACAAAGUGGGCCCGGGCAUCGUCCUGAACGAGAUGGCGCUGGGCUGCGAGUGCAAGAGCUGCCUGGAGCGGCCGGUCAACGGCUGCUGCCCGGGGGCCUCGCUGCACCGCAUGGCCUACAACGAGCGGGGCCAGGUCCGGCUGCGGCCCGGCCAGCCCAUCUACGAGUGCAACUCCCGCUGCAGCUGCGGGCCCGACUGCCCCAACAGGGUGGUGCAGAAGGGCAUCCAGUUCGACCUGUGCAUCUUCAAGACGGGGAACGGCCGCGGCUGGGGGGUCCGCACGCUGCAGCACAUCAAGAAGAACACCUUCGUCAUGGAGUACGUGGGGGAGAUCAUCACAACAGACGAGGCGGAGAGGAGGGGCCAUUUCUACGACUGCCAGGGCUCCACUUACCUGUUCGACCUGGAUUAUGUGGAGGACGUGUACACGGUGGAUGCAGCCCACCUGGGAAACAUUUCCCACUUCGUCAACCACAGUUGUAACCCCAACCUUCAGGUUUUCAACGUCUUCAUCGACAACAUAGAUGAGCGGCUUCCAAGAAUCGCUCUCUUUUCAACCCGCUCCAUCCGGGCCGGGGAGGAACUCACCUUUGACUACAAGAUACAGAUUGACCCAGUGGACACGGAAAGCACCAAAAUGGACUCCAGCUUCAGCCUGGCGGGGCUCCCGACAUCCCCGAAGAAGAGGAUCCGAGUGGAGUGUCGGUGUGGGUCCGAAUCCUGCCGGAAGUACCUGUUCUGACCCGGGCUGUGGGAGACCCUGUAAAAAUGUAGAGAAAUGUACAGAUUCUAUUUUUUUAAAUGAAAUCCUGCUAAGGUGCAGAGUCCAGCCCAGAUGGUGUUUCGCCCCCACCUGGACUUCCGUCUUAAUCACAGCACACACACACACACGACCCCGUAUCACUUGUCCUCCCUUCUCUCUGUUGUCUUUCUCUGUAUGUCGUGCAUACGCUGGGCUGGGCCCCUGCUGCCCCCCCCGCAUCACCAGAGACUGACGCGGGUCUGGAAAAGCUGUGCCCAGCUGUGGGUCAGUCUGACUCCUCGGACUAUGAACACAUGAGCGCGUAGCUGGUGGGUGGCCUCAGCACGCACUGCAGAAUGACUGGGAUGAAAUGCAUGUUUCUGAUGUACCACAGAGUUUUUAGGACUGUCUCAUCCACCGUCAGGUCUCCCACCAAAGAAAUGAGCUCUGAUCUGAGCAACCAGUAACGCCUACUCAAGAGGCCCAUAAACGAUAAGAACAUUUUACUUUUAGCUGCAGUGAGCUGACCCUUUCUCUCCCAAUUUGAAGCCAUUCUUAUUUUUUCUAUCAAAUGACGCGUUGCUGUUGCUGUUUUUACAUCAUGGUUUUUUUACUCUUACUUUUUUUUACAUCUCUGUGACUUUUAGAGUUUUAUAAGAAAUGUAAAUGUUCAUAAAGCCGUUUUGUUCUCUACAUUGCCAGAGGAGCUAUUAUGCCUUGUUUGAAAUCAUUUGGUAAGCUACACAACUAAAACACAGAUGUAAAUAAAUGACAUUAUAUUUGAGGGAUGAAGACAUGGAUGUGUGUAUUCCACUUGUGUGUAUAAAAUCUGU